AUGCAGCGUGCCCUUUUCCAGACUCGCCUGUCGGCCCGCCCGCUGGCUCUGAAGCGUGGCCUUUUUGGCAAAGCCACCGAGCCCUCAUUUCGCCCGGGCCCCUCGUACGUUGCACGACCGGGCAGCCUGAAGGACCAGAUUGUGCAUUCGUAUCAAGCCAAUAAGGAAACACCUGAGAACGUGCUGGAAUUCCAGGAGCAGGCAACACGUCUGCCUGCAUGGAAGAAGCUGCUGGGUCAGCGAGUGAUUUCGACUUUCCAUCUGGACAUGGAUCGUAUUCGGUCGGGUCCUAUUGCAGGAACUCUUUACUAUGAGCUGUGUAAGGAGCAGGGUUACUUCCCCAUAGAUACCAAGAGCGGCAAGAAGCCUACGGCCAAAAGUGGGGUGCCAUUGUCCAAAACUGCAAAGUUUUACUAUGGCGACCUACAACUGCCGCAGACGUUUGCCCAACAGUUUCAGAUCACAGCUCUGCACGUUUGGAUGUUGUUUGUGCGAAUGCGCGCCAUGCCCCGAACCAUUGGCAAGGAGUACCAGCAGAAGCUUGUUGAUACAAUCUUCUCCGACAUGGAGAAGCGUCUGAGCACAGAGCUGCGCAUUAGAUCAGGCUCAAUUAUCGAGCGCUACAAGAAGGACUUCAAUCUGCAGUUGCGUGGCAGUGUUAUGUCCUAUGAUGAGGGUUUUUUCCUGGACGACGCAACUCUGGCAUCUGCUCUUUGGCGUAACCUGUUUUCUGGUCGCCCUGAGAUUGAUGAGAGUUUCCUUGAGCAGCUCGUCCAUUACAUCCGCACCCAGCUCUACGUGCUCCAAAACAUCUCCGACUUUGAUUUUAGCAGAGGUCGUUUCCACUUUAUUGAUCCUUCACUUAGAUACACACCCUUGUCUGAACAAGAUGUCAAGGAUAUUCGCGAUGUUGCCGUGCAGACCAGAACUGAUGCCCAAGUGAUUCUUCCUUCCGACAAGUCAUCCUUGUCUACUGAAGGAUGGUAA